AUGGCCUAUUGUGAGUCUAUGCAACUGACGAUAGUCGACAGCGUUAGGCUCAAGGUCAUAGCGCGCGGUUUCGAGAUCAUCGUGACGCUAAUGGAUGCGUACCUGGAGCCACGACUGGCGAAGAACAUCUUCUUGCAUGACAAGAUUGAUAUUAAGGCAUUUGCUCUUGUCUAUGACGGCGAGAAGUGCGCGCUUUCUCGGCGCAGUGAAGGAGUCUUCACGUUCGACGUCGCGAUGGAAAGCUAUGUGAUCAGUGUCUUCAGACCAGAAAAUCACGGUAAACACAGCGCAGGUGAUGCUACAAUAGCUGUGCUGGAAGAUGGAACGACAGCAAAAGUGGCGGGAGACAUAAAAUAA